AUGGUGGUCGUCAACCACCAUUCCGACCGUAGGCAGUUCAGGGCACUCCACGUCACGGCGGCAAAUGCCAUUUCCAUCGUCGCGGCGGUACCGUCGCCUCCCAUCACCGUCUUUUCGUCGCCCUCCCUUCCCCUGCCCGUCGCGCUCCCUUCCCUGCCCGUCGCGCUCCCUUCCCUACCCGUGGCGCUCCCUUCCGUCAUUCCCGACACAUAUUGCCUUCUCGUCAUUCUCCCUUUUCGUGGCUAUUUUUGUUUUUUUCCUGCACGUCGCCCUCGCUUCCCCUCCCCGUCGCGCUCCCUUUCCCUCCCCGUCGCGCUCCCUUCCCCUCACCGUCGUGCUGCCUUCCCCUCCCCUGUCGUGCUCCCUUCCCCUCCCCGUCGUGCUCCCUUCCCCUCCCCGUCGUGCUCCUUCCCCUCCCCGUCUCGUUCCCUUCCCCUCCCCGUCGCGCUCCCUUCCCCUCCCCGUCUCGUUCCCUUCCCUCCCCGUCUCGUUCCCUUCCCCUCCCCGUCUCGUUCCCUUCCCCUCCCCGUCUCGUGCCCUUGCCCUUCCCUACUUUCCUCUCUUGUUCUUCCCUCCUUUCUCUCCUCGCCUUACCCUCCGCAUACCAUUGCAUUCCACCGUGCACUGCAUCCCGUUUCGUCAUUUUCGCCAAGUCCGCUUCCCACCACUCUCGUUUCCCCCCUUGUACUUUCCCCCGUUCCCCCACUGCCCCCCCUUUCUUUCCCCGUGUCUCCCUUUUCGCCCAUGUUUCUCCCGCCUUUCCACCCUGUCCUGAAGUCCCUUGUCCCUCCCUCCCUUCCCCCGCUGACCUUCCCACCGUUUUCCCCCUCCCCCCUCCCUCCCUUUCCCCCGUGUCCUCCCUCCCCUUGCCCCUCAAUCCCUGACUCCUUGUCCUUCCCUCCCUUCCUCUUAGCCCGCCCAGCCUCAAUCCCAAGACCCUUGUCCCUCCCCCCUUCCCCCCCCAUGUCCUUCCCUCCGUCCUUUCCUCCGUUUCCCCCUUCUCCCUCUCACUCGCCCUCCCUCUCCCUCCACGCUUCUCGCCCUUAUCCCCACACAUGUCCUCCUCCUUUCCUUCCCAUCUCUCACCGAACCCUCUCUUUCCUCCCCUCCCCCCUUGCUCCAUUUCUUCUAAUUUCCGCCCUUCCCCCUCUUCGCCUCUCCUUCCCUCCCUCGCUGUCCCUCUCUCUUCGCCUCUCCUUCCCUCCCUCGCUGUCCCUCACUCUUCGCCUCUGCUUCCCUCCCUCGCUGUCCCUCUCUCUUCGCCUCUCCUUCCCUCCCUCGCUGUCCCUCUCUCUUCGCCUCUCCUUCCCUCCCUCGCUGUCCCUCUCUCUUCGCCUCUCCUUCCCUCCCUCGCUGUCCCUCUCUCUUCGCCUCUUCUUCCCUCCCUCGCUGUCCCUCUCUCUUCGCCUCUCCUUCCCUCCCUCGCUGUCCCUCUCUCUUCGCCUCUCCUUCCCUCCCUUGCUGUCCCUCUCUCUUCGCCUCUCCUUCCCUCCCUUGCUGUCCCUCUCUCUUCGCCUCUCCUUCCCUCCCUCGCUGUCCCUCUCUCUUCGCCUCUCCUUCCCUCCCUUGCUGUCCCUCUCUCUUCGCCUCUCCUUCCCUCCCUUGCUGUCCCUCUCUCUUUGCCUCUCCUCCUUUCUCUUUCAGCCCCUCUCCUCCUUUUUCUCUCAGCCCCUCUCCUCCUUUCUCUUUCAGCCCCUCUCCUCCUUUCUCUCUCAGCCCCUCUCCUCCUUUCUCUCUCAGCCCCUCUCCUCCUCUCUCUCAGCCCCUCUCCUCCUUUCUCUCUCAGCCCCUCUCCUCCUUUCUCUCUCAGCCCCUCUCCUCCUUUCUCUCUCAGCCCCUCUCCUCCUUUCUCUCUCAGCCCCUUUCCUCCUUUCUCCCCACCGUGGGUAA